AUGGGAUCCAAUUCAUCAACAACAAUACGUUCGCCCAGUUACUACAAGAAGGACAAUACUAAGGAAAAUAAGAAGAUUGAAUCACUAUUGAAAAAGUCAGAGCAUAACUAUGAAAAGACACAAAAGCAAGCCUAUCCUAAUAGAAAGGCAAAUAGUCAUCAGCAUUUGAGAAGUAAGGUAGUACAUCCACAGACAGCCACUAGAUCGAGUCCAAGUUUACUCUAUGGAGUCACUGAGGAAGAACAACAUCAUCAUUCACCUUCUUCUCAUUAUCACCAACAAUAUUCAUCAUCACCAAUACAAAUUUCACACAAUGAUUAUUACGAUAUUCAUCAUGAUGACAAUUCAAGCCCUAAAAGGUCACAAUCACCAAGACUUAGUAAGAGAACACAUCCUCAACUAUCGCCAGUACGUUCCAAUUCACCUCAACUCUUCUCACCCGUUGCUCAUCCCAAUCAACUCUAUCAUACUCCGAGUAAUAAUCAAUUUGAUGAGCAUGAUAUUCUUGGACAUAGAGGUUCAAUCUCUUCAGAAACUUCUCUUUCAUCACUUUCAACAAGUUCUUCAGUAGUUUCCUUUUCUCCUUCUUUGGGUGGAGUGAUGAUACCUGCCUUUCAACCACAUCCUCCAAUGAUUAGUCUCUUGAAUAGAUCCACUAGUGUAAAGAGAAAUCAAGUCACACCAAUCUAUCAACCUUCAUCCCCUUCCAACUUCAGCAGCAGUAUUCAUACCACUCCAAAGAAGAGAACUACCCUCAUUUCUGAUUCUCCAUUCACUCCUCAAAUUUCCCAACAAGUUGUCCACUCUCCUCCAGUUGCACAAAUGUACAAGAGAAGUUCAAACAUUGUUGACUCAUCAAAUACGAGUCCAACACACAGAUCAAGAAGAUCGGUCAGUGUUAACACCUCCACAUCUAGUUUCCAAACCAAUGCUUCUAUUACCUCACUUUUUAAUCCUAAUGCAACAGGCCCAAUUCCUCUUCUUGCAGUAACAAGACCAGAGACACCCCCUUGUACCACUAAUCAGCCAAAUACAGCAUCGAGAUCACAAUCCACUCCCAAGCGAUAUUUAUCAGUUACAAUGUAA